AUGUCGUCGUUUCGCGCUCUUAUGCGACUUGGGCGACUCAAGUUCAUUCCGUACUCGUCAAUGCUCGCUCUCAUGGGCGCGCUCUCACGUGACAUCAGCCACCACCACGGGUUUCGUUUUCGAAUCGAGAGCUUCGUUCCCGUGGCGUUCUUCGUGGCGUGCACGCACGUCAUGACGCAUUACUACAACGAAUACUUUGACUACGAGGCCGACCUUGCCAACAAGCAACGCGGAAAGUGGAAUGGCGGCUCGGGCGUGCUUCCCGAGGGAUUGCUGCCGCGCUGGUUGGCGCUCGCCGCGGCGAACGUGCUGCUCGUCGGGAGCGUUGUCACGCAGCUCGCCUUCUUCCGCGCCCCCGCGCAAUGCGUCGCGUGCGCGACGCUGUUCCUAUCAUGGGCGUACACCGCGCCGCCCUUCAAGCUGCAUUAUCGCGGCUUGGGCGAAGCGACCGUUGCCGCCGUGCUGACGUGCAGCGUCCCGGUGAUGGGCGCGCUGCAGCGGCGCGGCGACGACGCGUUCGUGCUUCCGACGUCGCUGCGCGCGAUCAUCCCGCUGCUGUGCGCGCAGCAGAUGGUGCGGAUGAUGAUCAUGAAUCUCCCCGACAUCGAAUCGGAUCUCCAAUGCGGCAAAAUCACGUUGACCGCGCGAUUGGGCCCGGAGCGGGUGGCGCGUUUGUACAGAUUCACGCAAAACGCAGUUGGUGUUAUGGCCGUGGGUUUGUUCGCGUGUGGGCACAUGACGUGGCCCGUGCUCGUCGCGUUUCUCGUCGCCACGACCAAGGGGAUCAGUUUGGCGCGUCGCUUGGACGCCAUCGUCUUUUCCAGAGUUGAGAUGAAGGCAAGAAACAACAAAAUAGAUGCAGGGGAUUAUACUGCGGGAAAACUUUCGAGUAUUCUGGACUUCGGAGAUCUCCCGUACCACGCGACGAUCCACGUGGCAUCCACGGCGCUGAUGCUGGUCGUCGCGCAAGCCGUGGUGCUAAUAACGCAGUGA